AGAUCAUGCAAAAUAUGGGUGUGGAAUUAUAAUAAUCUCCUGUCUUAGAUUGUGGAGAUGAAAAGAAAAAACCUAAUUUUGUUCAUAUACCAAUUUAUGAUGUUUAACCAUCUCAGAAAUACCCUAACUCAGCAUAAUAAGUUGAAUCUGAAGAAUAAAUAGUUUAAAUUGAUGAAAGAUGGUAUGCUAAAAAUGAAAAUUAUAAGCCAUUAACAGCAGAUCAAAGACCUGGUUUUAUUAGGAAGGUAUUAAUUCAUAAUUAAUGAUCAAGGUUUAUAGCAUAAUGAUAUUGCAAUUACUGCUGACAGUUGCUGCUUGUUGUCUUUCAUAUUUCUGGAUUCCCUAUCGCGAUUUCUAGAAUGAGUAUUCAGGUUGGGUUUACUUGGCAAUUGCAAUAGCAAUCAUUAUUGAGAUCAUUUUAUUGUGGAUACCAAAAUAUUCGUGGCGAGUACCACAUAACUAUUUGUUUCUCCUUGUUUUCACUAUUGCUGAAAGUUACACUAUUUCGCAACUUUGUAGUUAUGUUUUCAACAAAUAUAGCGAAGAAGGAGGUAUACUGAAUUCUUAAUUAGGAUUUAUCGUUUUAAUGGCUGCUGCCCUUACUCUAGCUGCAGUAAUUGGACUCACUCUUUACGCAUGUAAAACCAAAAAAGAUUUCACUACCAAAGGUACAAGAAUUUCAAAUUAUUAUCUAAGGGGCCUUUUUAUUUAUGGCAAGUACUUCUUUAUUUCUUUUUGCGAUAUUGUCUGGAGUCUACUAUGAUCAAGCCAUGAGUUUACUCUAUUCAUUGAUUUCGAGCUUACUCUUUGGAAUCUACCUAAUAUAUGAUACCCAAUUAAUCAUAGGAGGAAGUGUAAGCAAUUUUAUUGAUGUAGACUCAUAAAUUAUCGAUUGAUGACUACAUCAUAGGAGCGAUGUUCAUAUACAUAGAUAUCGUCUAUCUAUUUGCUCACAUUGUGUUAAUUAUUAUUGCAUGCUUCAAAUGAAAACCCAGAAUGAACUCAUAUUAAAUAAUUUAUC